AAAACAAGUGACAUAAGUGGCCUCGCGUGUCAUAUCAAGCGCGUAAAAUGACAUGCAAUGAUCAAUAAGUGUAUUUAUUAGCAUAAGUUUUGAGACACGGAGUAGAAGAAAAAACAACGAAGGAUAAUGACGGUCUUAAGAGUUGUUUUUGUGUUGAUGCUAUUCAUGACGCUGUGUCAUGGAAGGAGAAGGAAUUGCAGGCGCCUCCCAGACUGCAAAUGCGGAGACUUCUGUGUGGAACGUAACAGUAACAUGAGCUGUUUGAACGGAUACAACUGUGUGUGCAAAACAGGUUGUAUCGUUUUUAACACUUUCCUACCAGCUGGAUCAAGAUCACGUGUUCAUUGCAACCUUUGUUCAUGUCCAGUAAACCCACCAAUUCCCGAUCCAACCACAGGAAUACCAGCUUGUACAAGAGUCGCAUGGUGCGACGCACCACCAGGAACAGACGUGUACCCCAGCAACCCUAGCUGCCAAAGAAGAGGCUACGGCGACCGUGACAAUUAGCUGCUGUGGAAACUUAUAAACUACCAAAUAAUAUAAUAUCCCUUUGAAGUUAGGAGCGAAUAAAAAAAAUCACAAACAUAAAAAACAUCAAACUA